AUGGUGAAAUAUAACUUGAAGGAUAACUCUUGGUGCAUAGAUAAGUUUGCUCAGAAGGAGCAUUGGGUACCCUGCUAUUUGAAGAGGCAUUUUUUUGCGAGGAUGAGCUCAGCACAACAAAGUGAGGGGAUGAACAGUUAUGUCCAAGGUUAUUUUAAGGGCACAAUGACGUUGUUUAAAUUUGUGAAGCAAUACGAAAAAGCUAUCGCUAGGCGUAGAGAGAAGGAAGCGGAGGCAGAGUUUAGAACAUGUACCAAACUACCGCAAUUAUCAUCACAUCAUCCUAUGGAAGAGCAUGCAGGUAAGAUGUACACAAUGAGGGUGUUUGAUAUAUUUAAGAAACAUUUCACUUCCAGCAUUAGCCUAUCUGCGAAGGAGGAAGCAAUAGAGGGAGAAGUUUGUAAGUUUUUGGUCGGCACUUUUAAGAUCCCGAUUGAGGAGAGGUGCGUGGUGGUAUACGACUCAUCAAAAGAGGAGGUCCAAUGUGGAUGUCAUUUAUUUGAGUUCAUGGGUGCUUUAUGUAAGCAUGCGUUGAAGGUUCUACAUAUUGAAGACUAUGAUGCUAUCCCAUCUAAGUACAUUCUAUUUAGGUGGACGAAGGAAGCAAGUACUGGCAUGUCAUUCGAUAGUCUAAGAAACACCCCAGAGUGUUCGACAACUAGGUCAUUAUGGAGAUUAUGGCAAGCCAAUUCGGCAAUGAUGUCCUUGGCUUGCUCAUCACAGGAAGCUUGUGUAGCUGCUAUGAGAAUGCUACAAGGUUUCUGUGAUAGUUUUUCCACCAAAUUACCAAAUAGUAAUGAAGGUGGAUUCGGUGAAUCAACUCAUCCUACACAAAGUACUGUUGAAUCUAGGUACAAGACCCAUAAACACAUGAAGGUUCCUCUACCUGCCAUAAGUCGAGGUCGGCCAAAAAGCAAAGGACUUGAAAAACAUCCGAUGGAGGAGUGCAAAGGGAAGAGGAAGAACCGGUGUAGUAAAUGUGGAUGUGUCAGGCAUAACAAGACAAAGUGUGAAUUGACGAAUAGAAAUUGUCAAACUGAAUCAAUUCGGGGAGAAGAUACGUUGGAUGGUGCUCUCUCAGAUAUGUAA